GGCUAGCACUGCAGUUGUAGCUGGUAUAGGACUUGCAGUAGUAGGAUUUACUGGAAGAUACAUAGCAAAAUCAAUGCCGACGUUAUCGAAAAAAAUGGCUGAAGCUUACAAAGUUUUGCCUAAAUUAGAUGCAAAAUCAUUAGCUAACAGCAAGUACUACAAAGGAGGAUUCGAGCCAACGAUGACGAAACGAGAAGCCAGCUUGAUACUAGGAGUAUCUCCGACAGCUAGUAAAUCUAAAAUAAAAGAACGUUACAAAAAACUAAUAGUCCUCAAUCAUCCGGACUGUCAAGGAUCACCUUACCUAGCCAGUAAAAUAUCCCAGGCGAAAGAUUUGUUGGAAAAAAAGUAG